UUGAAGCACCGCAGGUAAAGAUAAGCCAAAAUUCAAACCCCAUGGAGGCCACACAGGAGUUCAUUUACCGAUCGAAACUUCCCGACAUCAACAUCCCGAGUCAUCUCCCAUUACAUUCGUAUUGCUUCCAGCACAUAUCCAAAUUCAGCUCCAAUCCAUGCCUCAUCAACGCCGGCAAUGGCAACAUCUACACUUACGCUGAUGUCCAUCUCACCGCACGUAAAGUGGCUGCCGGCCUUAACAGGCUAGGCAUCCGACAAGGUGAUGCUAUCAUGCUUUUACUCCAAAACUGCCCGGAAUUUGUCUUCUCAUUUCUCGGCGCCUCUUAUCUCGGUGCAACUAGCACGACGGCGAACCCCUUUUACACGCCGGCCGAGAUUGAGAAGCAAGCCACUGCAUCAAGCGCUAGAAUUAUAAUCACUCAAGCUUGUUUUGCCGAGAAAGUGAAGAAAUUCGCUGAAGAAAACGAUGUGAAAAUCAUCUGCAUUGACGAGCCGGUGGCGGGUUGUUUGCAUUUUUCGGAGUUGUCACAGGCCGACGAGAAUGACAUCCCGGAUGUUAACAUCAGCCCCGACGAUGUUGUCGCGCUGCCUUAUUCAUCCGGGACGGUGGGGCUUCCAAAAGGGGUGAUGCUAACUCACAAAAGCAUGAUCACCAGUGUCGCUCAGCAGGUCGAUGGCGAAAACCCUAAUCUGUAUUUCCACCUGGACGAUGUGAUUUUAUGCGUGUUACCCAUGUUUCACAUAUAUUCCCUGAGCUCAGUUGUGCUUUGUGGCCUUAGAGUUGGGGCUGCAAUUCUGAUUAUGCAGAAGUUUGAGAUAAACACACUCAUGGAACUUGUUCAGAAACAUAAGGUGACUAUUGCACCAUUUGUUCCUCCAAUUCUCUUGGCUAUCGCAAAGAGCCCGGUCGCUCACCAGUAUGAUCUUUCGUCGAUUCGGACUGUGAUCUCCGGUGCCGCUCCGAUGGGGAAGGAGCUUGAAGACAGCCUUGGGUCAAAGCUGCCCAAUGCCGUAAUUGGACAGGGGUAUGGGAUGACUGAAGCUGGACCUGUACUAUCGAUGUGCUUAGCAUUUGCAAAGGAACCAUUUGAGAUAAAAUCAGGGGCUUGUGGGACUGUGGUUAGAAAUGCAGAGAUGAAGAUCAUCAACCCUGAGACUGGUGCUUCUCUUCCUCCAAAUCAAGCAGGAGAGAUUUGCAUAAGAGGUGACCAAAUCAUGAAAGGUUAUCUUAAUGAUAUUGAGGCCACUAAAGAAGCCAUAGACGAAGAAAAAUGGCUACACACAGGUGAUAUCGGAUACAUAGAUGAUAAUGAUGAGCUCUUCAUUGUCGAUCGAUUGAAGGAGAUAAUUAAAAAUAGAGGAUUUCAAGUGGCUCCAGCUGAACUUGAAGCAAUCUUGAUUGCUCAUCCUAAUAUUGUUGAUGCUGCGGUUGUACCGAUGAAAGAUGAAGCUGCGGGAGAGGUUCCAAUUGCAUUCAUUGUGAGAUCAAAUGGUUUUGAAAUCACCGAGGAUGAAAUAAAGGAAUACAUCGCAAAACAAGUUGUAUAUUAUAAGAGAAUUAAAAGGGUUUUCUUCAUUGAGACAAUUCCUAAGGCUCCAUCUGGUAAAAUCCUCAGAAAAGACCUCAAAGCAAAGCUGGCCGCUGGCUUUUCCAAUUAAUCCUCAUUUAUCAAUUUAUUUCACUUUCUUAUAUGAACAUUUCUGGGUAGUAAAAAUUGUAAUCAUAAGCUUCAUUGCUUUGAAUUAUCAAUAAAAAGAAUAUGCUAGACUCGCAAGACAUUAUUAUUAUUAUUAUUUAGUCAUAAAAUAUAAAUGUUUGCAGCAUUUUUGGGCCAGGCCUUUUUGUAAAGCUUGGACCGAGCCAGUUGAUGAAACUGGGUUGUUCCCCAAACAAGGCUGCCCAAAAGGCCUGAUAGGAGAAUUGGGCCAGGUUAAUUUCCAGCCAAUGAAAAAAGUGGAAUAAGGUACUACACAACAGGAGGCUGAUUUAGACCCAAUGGGUCCUUUGUGCCCUCAUUGUUUGUACCUAAUUUUUGGUAGCACCGAUGGAUGAUCCUGGAUACCUGCACAAAAGGAAUUUUCCGUUGUGUUCCCAAAAAUCCCUUCCGUUGAGGAAGUUAGGCAGGUCUCUAUGUGAAGGAGAAGAUGUGGAUCAUAAUGCAUACGCGAUUCACUAUGGGAGUGGCCUUUUUAUGGUCUCUGCUUUGGUUGUCUGUUGUCCUGCUUGGGCGAUUGGUGGUUUACCAAGUGCACCUGCAUAACUGCCAUUGCGGUUUUCGGUUGAGGGGGUGGUCAACAGCACCUUAAGGAGGUCAUGGCUGUUUCUAAGUGCCGGCCAUAGCCAUGCUCUAGUCCCCACAACUGCCCCCUUUUUCCAUACAUGCUCGAUGGAGCUUAGCGAACACCCUGGAGAGCUGGGCAGGAAAAGAAACAUUUUGUGCAGUUCCAUUGUACAUCAAGAAAAGUCCUCAUGACAUGUUCCAUUUCUCAUUUUAUAAUGGGAAUUUUUACUCUGGGUAUUCUCAAUAUAAUAUAGUUGCUUUCCAGAUUCCAAGUCAA